AUGACUUCGUGCAUCACGAUAUACAGUACUCCUUCCCCCUCAGUAGAGACAUUGGCCUUGCCGGAACUGUCAAGCUCUACGUCAUGUACCAGUACUUCGACGCACAUGUCUCCUUGGACGUGGGAGCGACCCGAAAGUCCUUCUACAGAGGUGGCUUCGAGUGAACUUGGUCUUCCCCCAUGGACUUCAGCAGCGACAGAAGCAGCAACGUUGACCUUUGCAUCCGAAGUCACAGACACAGUCGUGUACCCAAGCAAGACGAAGCUGACUUUCCCAUGGUCUUUUAUCUCUAUCGAGACGUCCUCUACAGUAGAGGCGUCGACAGAAACGAUGACUGAAGUAGUCCCAGUCUCGGAGCCUUGUACAACAGACAUUACGGUAACGAUGACCAAGACUGUUGUUGAGACAUGGCAGUCCAAGACUCCUCAGACAGUCACGUUGUCUAGUACGAUAUCAACAACUAUUGAAACAGUCAUCGUUGAGGCGUAUUCUACAUCGACAGGAGAGGUCGUGGUCGGGGGUACGAGGACAGAGUUGACUACGAUCGAGGCAGUGAGUUCGGGCGCAGAUUGCACCGAGGCAGCUGGCAAGUGCUGCAGUGGAUGCUCAGCCACAGCCGAGUCUGAGUCUGCGACCAUCGAGACAAUAUCUUCCACGUUCGUGUCGACUCUAACGACUGUGGAAGAGUAUGUGUCAUCUGCUGGAGGUUCAGUGGUGCCAGCCGCUUCGGUGACUGGGGAGUCAGGCAAUGAGGAUUCAUCUCCUACCACGUCGCUGACACUCGUUGAAACAACGACUUUGUCCGGAUCGGAGACGGAGACGGAUGCUGCAACAUCUGUUCAGACUGCAGGAGCCGCUCAUGUGACGGCGGCGAUCGGAAUAGGGGCUAUCCUUGGUCUAAUGGGAGUGUUGGCUUGA